GGAGGGGAGCGAGAUCCGAGGGCCCGAGGCGGCCCUGCAUCUGGACCAGGCACGCGGGGCUGCCUGUGCAUCCCCAUCCGAGGGCCGCGGGGCCUGGCCUCGCGGCGGGGUGGAGGAGUGCCUGGCACAGGCCUUGUGUUUGACAUCUUUUUGUUGAGUGGAUAAAAUAGAAUGAAGCAGACAAGUCCUAAGCGUUGGAACUCUGCUAGAGCAACAAUGUCGUGAAGACACAGCAAGUCUUUAUCUCCUAGUGGGCGAGGAGCAGAGCCAGGGAAGCACUUGUUACUGGAGAGUCAACAUGUGAGAACGUGACAGUAGACAGGAGCCAGAGAAGACACACUUCUUAAGAUCGUUGGCCUUAUUUGAGGAGAUGAGGCUCACAUACCUGAAAGCCUUAAAAAAAAAAAAAAGAAGAAGAAGAAGAAGAAGAUUAUGCCUCUGAUUGGUUCUUCUGCCCAGAGAAAACCUUGAAUGGGACAUAAAUAAAAGUAGACUUGAGCCUCCUCGCCCCUGGCUGCGGGUCCCUGAGCCUUCCUGAUCCCGUAGGGGGGCUCGCCCGCGGCCCCCCAUGAGUGCGCCCGGUUGAUCAGCGGGGCGGCCGCGGUGGAGCCCGGACGCCGCGGGGGCGGCGGGGCCAUGGCCUCGCUCGACCUGCCAUACCGCUGCCCCCGCUGCGGGGAGCACAAGCGCUUCCGGAGCCUGUCGUCGCUACGAGCGCACCUGGAGUACAGCCACACGUACGAGACACUCUACAUCCUCUCCAAGACCAACAGCAUCUGUGACGGUGCAGCUGCUGCGGCCGCGGCAGCCGCGGCUUCUGGCUUCCCGCUGGCGCCGGAGCCUGCAGCCCUGCUGGCGGUGCCCGGAGCCCGGCGCGAGGUCUUCGAGAGCACGUCCUUCCAGGGCAAGGAGCAGGCGGCUGGGCCAUCGCCCGCCACGCCCCACCUGCUGCACCACCACCACCACCACGCGCCCCUCGCCCACUUCCCCGGCGACCUGGUGCCCGCCAGCCUGCCCUGCGAGGAGCUGGCGGAGCCUGGCCUCGUGCCCGCAGCCGCCGCGCGCUAUGCACUGCGCGAGAUUGAGAUCCCGCUGGGGGAGCUGUUCGCCCGCAAGUCGGUGGCCUCCUCGGCGUGCUCGACGCCGCCGCCCGGCCCCGGCCCCGGCCCUUGUCCCGGGCCCACCUCCGCCUCGCCCGCUUCACCGUCGCCUGCCGACGUGGCUUAUGAGGAGGGCCUGGCCCGCCUCAAGAUCCGCGCACUGGAGAAGCUGGAGGUGGACCGGCGGCUGGAGAGGCUGAGUGAGGAGGUGGAGCAGAAGAUCGCAGGGCAGGUGGGCCGGCUGCAGGCCGAGCUGGAACGCAAGGCUGCGGAGUUGGAGACUGCCAGGCAGGAGAGCGCCCGGCUGGGGCGCGAGAAGGAGGAGCUGGAGGAGCGUGCUUCUGAGCUCUCGCGCCAGGUGGACGUGAGUGUGGAACUGCUGGCCUCUCUCAAGCAGGACCUGGUGCACAAGGAACAGGAGCUGAGCCGCAAGCAGCAGGAGGUGGUGCAGAUCGACCAGUUCCUGAAGGAGACGGCGGCACGGGAGGCCAGCGCCAAGCUGCGGCUGCAGCAGUUCAUCGAGGAGCUCCUGGAGCGGGCGGACCGCGCCGAACGGCAGCUGCAGGUCAUCAGCAGCAGCUGUGGCAGCACGCCAAGUGCCAGCCUGGGCCGUGGAGCUGGGGGGAAUAACGCUGGACCUGCGCCCCGGGGCCCAGGCCGAAUGCGAGAGCACCACGUGGGCCUGGCCAUGCCUAGCACAUAUGCAGUGUCCCGGCAUGGCUCCUCUCCCAGCACAGGGGCCUCCAGCCGUGUCCCAGCUGCAUCCCAGAGCUCAGGCUGCUAUGACAGUGACAGUCUGGAGUUGCCCCGACCAGAAGAGGGGGUCCCUGAGGACAGUGGGCCAGGAGGCUUGGGCACAAGGACCCAGGCUGCUAACGGUGGCUCAGAGCGCGCUCAGGCCCCUCGGAGCUCAGGCCUGCGGCGCCAGGCCAUUCAAAACUGGCAGCGCAGACCCCGCCGACACAGCACAGAAGGGGAGGAGGGUGACGUUUCGGAUGUGGGCUCCCGAACCACCGAGUCAGAGGCUGAGGGCCCCUCGGACGUCCCCCACCCUGGGCCUGCUAUGGCUGGGCCACUGAGCAGCUGCCGGCUCUCAGCCCGCUCUGAGGGAGGCAGUGGGCGGGGUCGGCGAGCAGAGAGGGGCAGCCCCUCACGCUCCAACGAGGUCAUCAGCCCAGAGAUUCUCAAGAUGCGAGCCGCUCUGUUCUGCAUCUUCACCUACUUGGACACGCGCACACUCCUGCAUGCCGCCGAGGUCUGCCGGGACUGGCGCUUUGUGGCCCGCCACCCUGCCGUCUGGACACGGGUGCUGCUCGAGAAUGCCCGAGUCUGUUCCAAGUUCCUGGCAAUGCUGGCUCAGUGGUGCACGCAGGCCCACUCGCUGACACUGCAGAACCUGAAGCCCCGGCAACGGGGCAAGAAGGAGAGCAAGGAGGAGUAUGCCCGGAACACCCGUGGCUGCCUGGAAGCAGGGCUGGAGUCCCUGCUGAAGGCUGCGGGGGGCAACCUGCUGAUCCUGCGCAUCUCCCACUGUCCCAACAUCCUCACCGACCGUUCGCUCUGGCUGGCCAGCUGCUACUGCCGUGCCCUGCAGGCUGUCACCUACAGGAGCGCCACAGAUCCCGUUGGCCAUGAGGUCAUUUGGGCCCUGGGCGCGGGCUGCAGAGAGAUUGUCUCCCUUCAGGUGGCGCCACUUCACCCCUGCCAGCAGCCCACGCGCUUCAGUAACCGCUGCCUGCAGAUGAUCGGUCGCUGUUGGCCCCACCUUAGGGCCCUGGGGGUUGGGGGCGCCGGCUGUGGGGUGCAGGGCCUGGCAUCGCUCGCAAGAAACUGCAUGCGGCUGCAGGUCCUGGAGCUGGACCACGUGUCGGAGAUCACCCAGGAGGUGGCGGCUGAGGUCUGCCGGGAAGGCCUGAAAGGAUUGGAGAUGCUGGUGCUCACGGCCACCCCCGUCACGCCCAAGGCCCUGCUGCAUUUCAACAGCAUUUGCCGGAACCUCAAAUCCAUUGUGGUCCAGAUUGGGAUUGCUGAUUAUUUCAAAGAGCCGAGUAGUCCUGAAGCCCAGAAGCUAUUUGAAGACAUGGUGACCAAACUUCAGGCCCUGCGACGGAGGCCCGGCUUCUCUAAGAUCCUGCACAUCAAGGUGGAAGGUGGCUGCUAACCCGGGUGAGGGGCGGCAGGGCUCCUGCCAGCCCCACACCAGGGCGCUCUCUUUGGACCUCCAGAGAGACCCUGAUUUGGACUAGACCUUCGGAGGCCCGGUGUCAUCUCUGGCUUCCAGGGAGGGGUUGACGGUUUCCUGUCCUCCUCCUGGGACAGCCGAGCAACAGGCCUGACCCUGGGCACUGCCUCUCCAUGGCAGGAGCUUGGACAGAAGCUGCCCCAGGGCCCUCACCCAAUUCCCAGCUGGAGCAGCCUUCUGGGCACAGCCAGCGAGGAGCUGAGUCACCACCAGCACCUGGUGUCUUCGUCCCGAGGAUCUGCAAUAACCACGCAGUGGCUCCACGGCUGCUCAGGCUGCUCUAGCAGACCUGCUGUUCUUGAGGCCCAGCCUCCCGGUCAGGGUCCUCUGCGGGGCGCCAGGCCAGAGGGGGCUCCUCAAGGCAGCUCAGACUUGGUAAGGAGGGCUCUUCUCCCUGCCCUACUCCGUGUCAGCCCUCUGUGGGGCACCCCUUCCAACAGCCCAGCUGGGCUCUGGGUCUACAUUCUCUAGGGACAACCCACAGGCCUAGGGAUCUGGGCAAGUGGUCAGCCAAAGGUGGGGGGUGGGAGCGCACUGAGGCAGUGGGAGUGGGCUUGGAGGGCAAAGCGUUCACCCGGAUCUUCUCCCCAGGACACUGAGACCAUCCCUCCCAAAGCGGGAAAUUGCCAGGAAGAGAAAAAAAAAAGUUUUAAUUGAUAUAAACAAAGCCCCUCCUCCGAACAAACACACCCCGUGACACACCAGAGCUAAAUUCUGAGCUAAAAGGUGCAUGUUUCCACACCCGUCAGCAAUCCCGAGCCUUUGGAGGGGCCCUGGGAAACCCUGUCACCCGUGAGAAGCAGUUCCUGUCCUCCAGGAAUGUUCUUCUAAUCCAGGUGCUUGAACAGGACUCUGAUGGCCCUCGGGUCCCUGCGGCUGUGUGGGAGGGAGUCACUGGGCUGACCUCUGUGCUGGGGCCCCGGGAAGCCGGGAGGAGGGUGGUUUGGUUUACUUCCUUGCCUGGCCAGCAUGCUGAAAGCUGCGGCCCUGGAACGCAGCCAGGCGUGUGGGGCUGGGAGUGAGGUGGAACACCCUCAUGGGACUCGCCCCCUUCCUCAGCCUCAGCUGGUCCCAUGGGAUGAGGGCUAUGUUGGGAGUUUUCUGCCUGGGAGCAGUUCUGGGGCCCAGGCCAGAGCCUCUUGGCUUAGAAGCCACAGAAAGCAACGGGAGUUUUCACUGACCCUGGCACUAAGGCGCUAGACUCAGGUGUCCCAGUUCCUCCUCAGAACUCCCGCAGGGGUUCAGAGCUCGUGGGUCUUGCCAAUCUUCGUUUGGAAGGUUCUUUCAAACAUUCACCUAGAUUCAUCUUAGGGUUUUCUUCUCUCCUGUGCAGGACCGGCUUUCAGCCCUAACCGUUAGGCAGCUGGUCCUGGCUGGGGCCGAGUUUCCUCUAGUUUCAGCUUUCCAGGGACCCAGCUUUCUGCCACAACCUGGCUUGGACAUCAAGACCCAGCCCUGGGUUACCCUGGGCAAUGAGUCCUCCAGAGGUGGGCCCCAGACUCAGCAACUCACCCAGCAUCCAGGGUUCCGCACCCAGCUCUCCCGUCUCUUCUCAUUGUUGAUGACUUUCCCUCCCAUGGGUUCUUCUGGCCCUGCCCUCUGAAGACCCCAGACAUGUCGGCAACUCCCCGCCCUGUCCUGCACGAAGCCUUGGCCUUGUAGCGUCCCCACCCCAGAGGUACUGGCUCUAUGGACUCCCACCUCCCCAGCCCUGUCCCCAGGAGUCAUGGGAAGCACAACUUUGCUGGCCUGGAAGGGAGGUGGAGGUCCACUUAGGGUCUGGCUGCCCUGGGGGCAUCAGUCCUGCCUUCCAACUGUACUCUCAAUAGCCCCUGCUCCCCAUAACCCCAGGAUCAGAGGUGCUGCCCUCCUUGUCUCCCGGACAAAGCACAAAGGGAUGCCUGCUUGGCCAGAGUCUGCCCUACUGAGAGAUUUUUUUCUGCCCCAGGAAGCCUCCAUCCCAGAAUACAGACUCUUGGCGAUUUCCCCGUGGGUUGGGUGCCCACCAGGAUGCCCAGCAUCAGCCCUGGGAAAAGGAAGUCAGGGUGCAUGGGCAGGGAGCUCAGCGGGAGAAAGUGGUGCCGGAAGGACUGAUGCCGGUGGUAGGCUCAUGGGCUGGUUCACUUGCGUGACGGCGCUGCACGCCGCCCACACUGCGGGCAGCAGGACGAACAAGGC